AUGAAUGCUUUCUCUCACGCGGUUAUGCUUCUCUACGACCUCUUUCCUAAGCAAGACGGUGCCCGCUUAUACAAUGCAUGGCACAUGUGUGGCGAGUACGAGAAACAAGUACUAGAUCUAUUAAAAUACUUCUUGAAGAUGAAAGACACCGGAAGGUUAACAGUGCCGUGGCAGCUCUGCGAUUUACUCAAUCAUUGCCAACGAUUUCUUCAUGAGACCAAUAGAUUGAUGGAUCUCAUGAACCUUUCCGAGCUCAACACUAUUGUCCUACAGGCUGUGAGAGAAUGCCCCGAGAAGAAGGAACUGAAAAUUGCCAACAUGAUCCAUCAAGCCAGUGUGGCCGAAGUCCUUGGUAAUCCGAAAAGAGCCAUCGAAUUAUUGAACGAGUUGUACGAAUUAGAGCUUCAAGAAAACCCUGUCAACCAUGAACUACUCUGCCGCCUCUCGACUAACCUCGGAUGUUGCUACAAUACCGCCAACGAUCACGAAACUGCCCUUGAGUGGUUUCAACGUGCCCGGGAUAUAUGGCCACAGUUUGUUGGGAAUCGAGGCGUACCUACAGUUAUUCUAAAGAACUCCGGGAGAUGUAUGCUCUAUCUCAAUGACCUGGAGGGAGCCAGGAAGAAUCUCGACAAAUGUAUCUUUCAAUUAGAGAAGACAAAAUCCAUGAACAGGGCUGUGCUUGCUUAUGCGUAUUUCGCGCUCGCUACGUUGGAACAACGCGAGCGAAAUUUUGAAAUGGCCGAAUUAUAUUUCAUCACCGCCAAACGAUCUUGGUUGAGUGAUGAACAGUCGCGCCUUCAUCCCUUCCACGGCGGAUGCCUGUAUAAAAUUGGCGCAUGUUGCCUGGACCAGGGGAAAGUCCAAGCUGCCAUUAAAUAUCUCCGCAAUUCGGUGGAAGUCACCAAUCUCAGCAAAGACUGCAUGCCAGUUGAGCAUGCUCGUAGUUUGUUCAAGCUUUCGAAAGCACUACUCCAAGUUACUAAAGUCGACAGCGAUGUCAACGCAAGUGAGGUAGAAAGCCUGCGGAAUGAAGCACAAACAUGCCUCAAAAUGAGGACAUCAGAUGUGGCCGCCUGGGAUAGGGAAGAGACAUGCGACAAUCUGAUCCCAAUACUCUGGAGAUGA